AUGUCAGACGCAACAGGGCCAAUGAACGGCGGAACGUCAACUUUGAUGACAGUUGGGGAUGCAACGAGUGGACAGUCGUGUAAUACCACUACUCCUGGGAACGACUUCUUCUUCUCUGUCGAAAGCACGCUCACUCAGUGUGGCGGCUUCCCCUUCACGCUUUAUGACGGUGCCAGACUACCAUUAAACAUCUUUGCGUGGAUUCCCGGCGGCCCAGGCUCUUUUGUUCUUCCCUUCGGUCCACCAACAGCCACCAGUUUCAAUUGGAAGGCCAACAUCUCGGCGCAGACGCAAGUUGCUUUCUCGGUAAUAGACUCGCAAGGAAGAAGAGGCGGCACCGAUAAAAUCCGCAUUGUUGCGCCCUCCAAUGACAAGUCGUGUUUGCUAAGCACCUCUGGCGACAAUGGUUCGCAAGGCGAUGGUAGUAAGGGUGGGGGUGGUGGAGGUGGUAGUGGCGGCGGCUCCAACACCGGAGGAUCCCAAAAUUCAGACAACAAACAAUCGGGCGGCCUUCCUACUGGUGCCAUUGUCGGUAUAGCUGUUGGAGGAGCUGUCGCCAUUGCCGUUCUCGCUGCCUUGCUCUGGUACUUGACAAGGAGAAACACGAAAACCGACUUCUUUGGCCCUCGUAGGGAUAUCGACCUUGCUGAAGAUUUUGCCCGAAACCCAGAGUUGUCACAACCCAUGCUUACUCGGCCACAGUAUACUCCCGAACCUUUCCCGCUGGUGUUUGUGCCUCCAGAUGCUAUGAAUUACUCGGUUUCUUCAUUCCGCCAAGAGAAACAUUCAAUGCAACAGCCUGUUUACGGCCCGCGAGUGGCUGCACCAGCACUAACACCACCGCCUUCCUCCUCCCACUCAUCGACCUAUUAUGCUGAAGGUCCCUCGUCCCUUCCUGGAGCGGGUACUUCGGCGUCGUCAUCCCGUCCAUACGUGGUACAUCGUGACAUUGAAGAAGUGGAUGGACCUAUAGAUCUUACACCUCAAUAUAUUGAUCGUCGGUCGAUACUUGGACUAGGAUUGGACUCUUCACCCCCACCUAUGAACGGUCGCAGACCUACGAAACAUUGA